UAUUAGACGGGAGACAGAAUCCCUGGACCCAGGGUGCUAGUCACACUCCAGCAGCAUCCUCCCUCACAUUUGUACAUAGGCACAUUCUUUCAGAGCUGUAACUCUAAGCAGGACAGUUGGAGAUUCAAUGUCCUAAUAUCUCCUGUACCAGGGAGGUUGCCAAGAAGAGUUCCAGAGCUGCCUAAGGGUUAAGGUGACAUUGUGAUUCUUAGAUUGUUUCGGAGAAUAUAACUGAUCUUGGGAGUGGACCUUGCCCCUCAUCUGCAUCAACUUUUCCUUCUGCGGAUUUCAUUGUCUUGUGAUCAGUCCUGGACCUCAAGGAGGGGUUGCAUCUCUUCCAGAUCCAUCUCCCAAAAGCAGACAGGCAGGAGCAUGCAGCAUGAUCAAUGACGAUCCACAGUGCAGAUCCAUGCUGCAUGCUGAACACACUCCAGAUUGCAGGCUGAGAUGAAAUAGCCAGCACCAGGAUUGAGCUGGGCACAUAUACCUACAGUGACAGGAGCAGGACAGCAUGGGGCAGUCUGGCUGAGGAAUGACAAGCCCCUAAAAAUCAGCUUAUUUGCAGUAGUCUCCUGCCAGACACACCCUGGAGACACAAGAAGUGGAUUAUCGCAGAGGGUCAACUUUCUACCUCCAGCAGUGAAGCCAUUGCCAGCACAGCAUGGCAUCAGUCAGGUGGGCACUAUGCAUCCUUUGCCUCUCUCAAGCUACUUUAGGACUGUAUCUUCCCAAAAAAGACUUCUCUGAAAGUUUAUACAUUGACCAGCCUGCUGGUUCAAUGCUAUUACAAGUCCAUGCACUGAGUGACUACCCGGGAGAGGUUCCAUACUACAGCCUAUGCAGGAACAUGCUAAAUCAGAAAUACUUACACAUUUUCCAUGUCGAUGAACGAAAAGGAAUCCUCUAUCUUAAUGAGACCUUGACAAGUGAAGUUUUCAAUAAAUUAAGAAGCUUAUCAAUAUACAUAUUGCGAUUUAGAAUAAAGGUGUCCGCUUCUCCAUCUCAAGACCAAGUGUGCGACAGAUCCCUCUUUGCUGAUAUUGGCUUGACACUCAAAGACUACCGAAUUCCCAGCUGUUCCUUGCUACAACCAAAUGACCUGUGCUUCGGGGAAACAGAACUUUCUUUCCACAUCAAAGAAAACAGACCACCGGGCAGAUUCUUCGAAUUCUAUCCCCACUUCCGAGCUGAUCCGUGCCCAAAUAUCAGUGUUAGCUACACAAUGAUAUUAGACCAACAACUCCCUUUCCAGUAUAAACCUGCUACAUUUGAAAUAGUCUUGUCCCGCUCCCUGGACCGAGAAGAGAGGGAGGACUAUGAUCUAGUAGCUAAAUGUUUAGUAAGAAACAGCACCAAAGAGGUGGCGGUGGAGCAGUCAUUCCGGAUCAAGGUGGAUGAUGAAGAUGACUGCCCUCCUUUCCUUCCAGAUGGAACCGAUACUGCAGAUGUAGUGGUAGAAUACGAUAGAAAGGAAGGUACAGUCCUUGGGUCGCUGAUGGUUAAAGAUCUUGACUUGACACCUGUCUAUCCCGUAGACAGUAGUCACAACAGAUACACCAAUACCAUCCUCAACAAAGAAACAUUUGUUCUAGAAAAAUUUCAAAUCAAGCGCGACAUCAAAGAGAUUACAGAAAGGCGAAAUGACAGCAUGAUUCGAGGAACAAUCCAUGAAUUUAAGCUUCUUCUGAAACAGAAUAUUUCCAUAAAUAGAAAUGCAUCAUAUCAAGUCAUAGUUUUGGUCAAUGACACCGAAUAUCCUCAUCCUGGCAGAGAACUGAGGCUGUACUUCAAUGUCACAAUCAAGUCUGUCAAAAUUCCAUUCCCUAAUAUAACAUACCAGUUUACUGUCAACUGUAAUGCCAACCGUUAUGCCCAGAUAGGAAGAGUAUGCAUUGAAAAUUGCUCACUGUUUAAAGGCGUCAACGUGAAUUACGUGAUUCAGGCUUCAAAUACCACACAUCCCAUUGCCAUUCAGAAGGGACCGAGGGAUAUGUUUGCCAUCCUUUAUGUUAAUGAUACUGUGGCUUUGGACAGCCAUGAAAGCAUGGAGAUCCUUCUUACUAUUAAAGCCUUCAAUGCACAAGUUAAGGAGCCUUCCAAGACACAAGUAACUAUCAUCAUAGAAGGAACCUCUAUAAAGAAUGGAGUGAAUAGUUUGUUCUCAUGUGCAGAGAACAAAAACAGACAGGAGUGUGAAGAGUCUGAUGGAUUAGGGUCCCUCACUGGAAAAUGUCAAUGGAGACAGGGAGAUGGUCAAGGAAUCACUAGAAACUAUUCUACUUGUACACCAAGUAUCUUUACCUGUCCUGAUGGGAUUUGUGAUGCUGUGGAGGGAAAAGAUCCUGCAAUCUGUCCCCAAGACUGCACAAAGAUGGAUAUCCUUGGUGGGUUUGAGCGAGGAUUUCCCAGUGGAAUAAAAGCAGGUCAUGACACUUGUCACUGUUUCCCUGACAGAUGUGUCUGUGAGAAGAAUAUAGAGGAGGUUCAAUUGUGUGAUGAAGCUUGUAAGACGGUUAUCGCAUGUGGAGUAUUCCUGUCUUUUAUCAUCUCUGUGCUGUUGUCCUCAUACUUUAUUCACCGCUACCAUAAAAACUCACCAAAGCCCCCUAUAGCUUCUGCUGAGAUGACUUUCCGCCGACCCGCCCAGUCUUACCCAAUCAGCUAUUCCUCAACUAAUGCCAGAAGACCAUCUCUAGAUUCUAUGGAGAAUCAAGUUGCAGUGGAUACAUUUAAAAUACCAGAGGAUCCAAAGUGGGAAUUCCCAAGAAAGAAUCUGGUUCUGGGUAAAACCCUUGGUGAAGGAGAGUUUGGUAAAGUGGUUAAGGCAACAGCAUUUAGGCUGAAAGGGAAGGCUGGUUACACAACUGUGGCCGUCAAGAUGUUAAAAGAAAGUGCCUCCCAGAGUGAAUUACGAGAUCUUCUCUCUGAAUUCAACCUCUUAAAACAGGUUAAUCAUCCACAUGUCAUCAAGUUGUAUGGAGCUUGCACCCAAGAUGGUCCCCUAUACCUCAUAGUCGAGUAUGCAAAGUAUGGUUCUUUACGUAGUUUCCUAAGGGAAAGUCGCAAAGUAGGACCUAGUUCUGGUGAUUCAAACCGUAAUUCCAGUUAUUUGGAUAACCCCGAUGAAAGAGCCCUGACAAUGGGAGACCUCAUUUCCUUUGCAUGGCAAAUAUCCAGAGGAAUGCAAUAUUUAGCAGAAAUGAAGCUUGUUCAUCGAGAUCUAGCUGCGCGAAAUGUGCUGGUGGCAGAAGGUCGUAAAAUGAAAAUAUCUGAUUUUGGUCUCUCUCGUGAUGUUUAUGAAGAGGAUUCAUAUGUAAAGAGAAGCAAGGGAAGAAUACCAGUGAAGUGGAUGGCAAUAGAAUCCUUGUUUGAUCACAUAUACACCACUCAAAGUGACGUGUGGUCCUUUGGUGUUCUUCUGUGGGAGAUUGUUACCCUUGGUGGAAAUCCAUACCCAGGUAUUGCUCCAGAGCGUCUCUUCAACCUCCUUAAGACUGGUUACAGGAUGGAAAAGCCAGAGAACUGCAGUGAUGAAAUGUAUAAUCUUAUGCUGAAAUGUUGGAAGCAGGAGCAAGACAAGAGACCAACAUUUGGUGAGAUCAGUAAAGAAUUGGAGAAAAUGAUGGUCAAAAGCAGGGAUUAUUUGGACCUUGCUGCCUCUACUCCUGCAGACUCCAUGCUCUAUGAUGAUGGCCUUUCUGAAGAAGAGACCCCUCUGGUGGACUGUAAUAAUGCCCCACUCCCCAGAACUCUGCCGUCAACUUGGAUUGAAAACAAACUCUAUGGCAUGUCUUAUCCGAACUGGCCUGAAGAGAGCCCCGUUCCAAUCCCGAGAUUCGAUGCCAAUAAGUCUGUUUUUACAAGAUAUGCCAAUGACUGUGUUUAUUCUAAUUGGAUGAUUCCACCCGCAACGGCAAAAUUUAUGGACAAGUUUGAUAGCUAAAUAUCAUUUUUUUUUUUUUUUUCCCUAGAAGGUAACACAUUGUGAGUGGGAAAGAAAAAAGUUAAAAAACACACCACACAAAGAAUAAAUGGAAAGUCCAUUGGCUGGUUCUUUGUGCCAGUGAAAAGUGGUUAAACCAAUGUUGCUGUUUUGAGUCAGUUGCUCCAAAAUUUUAGCUUGACCUACCUCUAAGGCUGCUGGAGAGGGCUGCACAAGUCACUUCAAAUGUAUGUGUAUAUAUGUACUCCCCAGCAGCAGGAGUGGGCUCUGUGUUAUUCUUUCCUACAACAUAUCAGAUCUGUACACCAAGCUCAGUAGAAACUUUUGUAUGCUGCUGUUGCACAAAUAGUCUGUAUUCAGUACACUCAUGUAUGUGUCGCUGUGAAAAGAAAGUAUACUUUUUAUUUUUAAUCAUAUGUUAAUUUAAAGAAAAAUAUUAUUUUUGAAGUGUAAGUUGACAAUUUUAUUUAAUGUGUGUGGAUCUUGAUGCAAGAGAGCUAUUUCAGUUUCAUUUACUGGUGGUUACAUAUAGAGGCAAAAUCCCAUGUAUAUGUGUACAUAUUGCAUCUGCUGUAUAUGUAGGUACAAAUUAUACAUUCAUACAGUGUUACAUGAAAUAGACUGGAUUUAUUCUUAUUGGUACCACAAGUGGAAUGUUAUGGGCCUCUUAAUGCAAAUGACAUGUAGACUGGGGGACUACUGGGGCUUGCGAAUGACUUCUGGAAGGUUUGUAAAAUGAUGUAGCCUACUGGAAAUUUGCUAAUAUUUUAUAUAUUUCUCUGAAAUGUCCUUUUUAUGAUUUCUUCGGUGUUUCUACAUCAUACUAUAGCACAGAUUCAUGAACCCAAUCUCAGUCACUUAUAAGUGCAGACAUACUACAGCAGAAGACCAUGUUGCUGACCAUGUUGGCUCCAGCGUCUUCACACAUUACGUCAAGUCAAAACAAUGAAAUAUAAUAGAGACAGAAAACACAAAAAUAAAUUUGCUAGGAGAAGCCAAAUAGCAGUUUUCUUCUCAGUUUCCAAUUUUAUAUUCCUUUUAUAUGUAUUUUUUUAAGUACAGAAAAUGGUAUAUUUUAGAUAUUAUUUCAAUUUAUUACAUGACGUGUUUGAGGAUUGACUGCCUAUCAGGAUGGCCUGUUGAAAGAUGAAGCAACAUCAUUUUAUAACUCUGAGUCUCAUCAUGCUGUACUGAUUGUUUCGCUUUGCUACAGUUGACAUGUUCUGCCAAGUCUGAGCCUUCCAUAUAUGUGGUUUUGUGUCUUAUACGGUACGUGAACAGCCUUUACAAAUGGUUCGGGUGCUUCUGUCUCAUCACUUAACCAUGGAUGUCAGACUGUCACACUGAAUUGUGAUUUUAAAUGCUGCACAGUAUGGAAAUAUUACAAUGUAUUUGCUCUACCACAAACCAUGCCAUUGACGAAUUGUAUUAUAAUGGAAAUAAAUCAUUCUG